AUGGCGGCCAAAUGGGCCGAGUUUCAAAUACCCUCUCUCAGUGACGCUGACGACCUCCCAGGUACGCGGCACACCACAGUGACGACAGCACAGCAUGCCAGCUUUAAAGUCAUUCCUCAAGGCGGUGCUCACAGCAUCAUGGCGGCCAAAUGGGCCAAGUUUCAAAUCCCCUCUCUCAGUGACGCUGACGACCUCCCAGGAACCCAUGCCCCUACCUCCUCCCCUCUGACCGCUCCAUCCUCUCCCUCCUUAUAUGGCGUGGUGAUUCAGAUUGUGGCGUCGGACUGGUCCGUGGUGGCAGCACCUGAGGGCGACUGGAGCCAAUUAGUGAAUGGCGUGGUGAUUCAAAUCGUGGCGUCGGACUGGUCCGUGGUGGCAGCACCUGAGGGCGACUGGAGUAAACCGUUGGGAUUGGAGAAGGCGGGAGGGAAGGAGGGCAGCAGGGUGGGAGACGUGUUCACCGUUGUUGUUGUCAAGACUGCUGAACCCAACAGGGAAGCCGCAUCUCGCUCCCUCUGGAACAUGUUUGGCUUUUCAGCUGCUUCCAACAAAACCCAAUCAGUCUGGGGGAGGAAGCAGGAGGGCGGCUCAGACGACGAGGAGGAAGGAGCAGAGGGAGCGGAGGGAGCGGAGGAAGCAGAGGUGGAGGAGAUGGAGGUGCAUGUGUCCCUGAGGGCUCCCAACGGCUGUGUGCUGUCGGCACAUGAUGACGGGUCGCUCCGGGCAGAUACGCCGACAGAUGCCGCCCUGCUGGACUGCCACGUGUUCCGCGUCACCAGGAAUGUCCGCUCAGGGAAAUUCGCCUUUUAUUCUAUGAGCAAUGAGCGCUACCUACGGGCGCUGCAGCCAUCGCUCCUAUUCACAUCCAUGGUGCAGGGAGAGGCAGAGACCUUCUCCAUCCGCCGCCUGGACAUGCUGCCCAAGUUCCUCGGAGUCAACCUGGGCGGCUGGCUUGUGGCAGAAGCCUGGAUGUGCCCUCCUGCUCUCUUCGACGGGGUCUUUACUGACCUAUUGGACGGCACGUCCAUCCAGCUACAGUCCGUGGACAACAAGUGGGUGGCAGCGGAGGGAGGGGGCGGCGACCAGCUCAGGGCCAAUAGGGACGCUGCUAGCGCAUGGGAGACGUUUUUUCUUCGCCGGGCAGACCACGGCGCGUUUUUCAUCCGGGCGGGCAGUGGGCACUUUUGGAGCGUGGAUGCUGCAAGUGGCGAGGUGUUUGCCAACAAGGAGGACGAGGAGGAGGGCGAGAUGUUCUGGGUGCGGCACAAGCUAGGAGAGGAGGGUACGGUGCAGCUGAGAGCGGCCAAUGGCAACUGGGUGCAAGCGCUGGACGACGGCAGGCUUAUAGCGGAUAUCGAAUGGGACACCACGUGCACAUUCACUCUCAGCAAGCUAGCAGACAUGGGGGGAGAGGCACAGCUGAUGCUGGCUCUUGGGCGGGAGGAGGCGGAGAGGAGGCUGCAGCAGCACCGGGAGGAGUGGGUGGGGGAAGGCGACUUUGAGUGGCUGGCGCGGCAAGGGGUGAACGCAGUGCGGAUACCCGUGGGGUGGUGGGUCGCUGUCGACCCCACACCGGAAGAGUUUGUUGACGGAGCACUUGAGCUGCUGGAUAAGGUGCGUGGGUAUGGUGUGUGGUUCAGGCAUUCACGUGUGUGGCUGUGUGUGCGGAUACCCGUGGGGUGGUGGGUUGCUGUUGACCCCACACCGGAAGAAUUCGUGGCAGGAGCACUUGAGCUGCUGGAUAAGGUGCAAGAAUUCGUGGCAGGGGCUUUAGAGCUGUUGGAUAAGGUGCAUGGGUGUGGUGUGCGGUUCAGGCAUACACGUGUGUGGCUGUGGGGCACUGGACUGGGCGCACACAAACAGCAUCCGCGUUAUAGUGUGUCUGCACGCGGCCCCGGGUCUCAAAACGGGUGGGAGCACAGUGCGAGUCGAGACGGCAUUCCAAUGUGGGGCAAGCCCGGCACGCCCUACAUGGAUGAGACGGUUGACGCCGUCCGCUUUCUCGUGCAACGGUAUGCCUCGCACCCAGCCUUUGCAGGGCUAGAGCCAAUCAACGAGCCGAGGGCCGAUGCAGUCUCGUUUGACGACCUCGCACGCUACUAUGAGCGGUGCUAUGCGGUGCUGAGGGAACACUCGCCCUCCGCCUACUUUGUCAUUUCUGGGAGAAUUUUUGCCAACGAGAGGGAGUGGGACGACUUUAUGACGAGUGCGCAGUACACGAAUGUGAUCUACGAUGCGCACUGGUAUCAGGUGCACGACCACGCCGAGUUUGGAUCCCAGUCGGUGGACUUCAAUCUGCAGUACCCCUCGAAGCAGCGUGCUGCUGCGCUCAGCCUGCUGGAAAGAGGACAGCGGCUCGUGUUUUCGGUGGACUUCAAUCUGCAGUACCCCUCCAAGCAGCGCGGCGCUGCUCUCAACCUGCUGGAACGAGGGCAAGUACUCGUGUUCGUGGGAGAGUGGUCUCUGGCUCUGCUAUGCGACACAAGCGACGACAUCAACACUCGUUUCGCCAAAGCACAGCUACAGGCAUACCUCGCGUCAUCUUCCGGUUCGUUCUUCUGGUCGCUGAAACACGGGCAGGGGUGGGACCCCUGGAGCUUCAAGGCUAGUGUGGAGCGCCGGUGGAUGACCUCUGCUCUCUGGCCCUGGUCCCGCUCCCCGCUGCUUGCAUCCUCUCCUGGGGCUGCGGCUUCUCCAAAGAGACUUUCCGAGGUGCUUCAACAGGAGAAACCGCAACAGCAACUGCAGCAGCAGAAACAGCAACAACAACAGCAACAGCAGCGGCAGCAGCAGCAGCAGCAGCAGCAGCAGCAGCAGCAGCAGCAGCAGAAGGGGCUGGAGCAACGGCUUUCACAUGACCCGGCGAAAGUCACCAAGCCAGCCGUUUCAGCCGCUCAACGCCUCGCGGAGAACGCCAAUCGGCUCCACAAUCUUCUCCUGCAGCUCUCCACAGCUCAGACAUUCGACGAGAAAGACGCAAUCCUGAGCGCGGACCCGCGGGUGCGCGCAGUCUUCCCCCAGCAAGGCUCCUCCCUCGGGAAAUUCGUCAAGCCUGCUGUUUCGAUGGCCAUGGAUUGUUGCAGUCAGGAGGAAAUUUACCUGCUCAAGUGCCUGGUGGCGUCCGGGCAAGAGCAUUUGUUGGACACUCCGGUUGCCUGGGCUGAAGGGAUGGACUCUAUCUGGGAAAAGGCGCAUUGCCAGAGCAGCGCCAAGGCAGAGUCAGGAGGAGUUGGCGGAGGAGGAGGAGGAGUGAAGGAAGCCUUUUCUAUGCUCGCUUCCAUGAUCGACGGCUGGGACACGCACCCAGACGCCCCCCGGUCCGCGCUUCCCGCAUUCCUCGCCGGGUUCGACAACCCCGGCGUGUUUCCCGCUCCGCUUAUGGACCUCAUUGACUGGGAAGACCGCCGAUCGGCGCACGGCCCUUCAGCUGCUACUAUUGAAUGUGCGGCGAGCUCUGGAGGGAAAGGAGAUGGGCAGCCGUUUUCGUCUCGGUCGUCGACGCUGCUCGCGCAGCUGAAGGAAGGGCUGGAGUAUCCGAGCGUGUUCGGCGCUCCGCUGUUGGACCUGGCAGCGUUUUGGGGCCUUGAGGGGCUGCCUGCAAUGGCGGAAAUAUACCCCUUGGGAGGCGCGGGGGACAGGCUAGGACUGGUGGACGAGGCAACAGGGGAGAGCCUGCCUGUGGCAAUGCUGCCGUACUGUGGCCGCACGCUCCUGCAUGGGCUUCUGAGAGACCUGGAGGCGCGAGAGUAUCUGCAUUUUCGUGUGUUCGGCCAGCACCACGUGACGCCAGUGGCCAUCAUGACCAGUGCGGCCAAGAAGAAUCACCAGAGGGUGCUGGCUCUGCUGCAGCAGCACAACUGGUUCGGGCGGGGCGAGCACAACUUCCGCCUCUUCCAACAGCCGCUGGUGCCAACAGUGGCGGCGGAGGAUGGCAGGUGGCUGGCCAGCGGCCAUCUCUCGCCCGUGCUCAAGCCAGGCGGCCACGGACCGCUGGUCCCAACAGUAGCAGCGGAGGAUGGCAGGUGGCUGGCGAGCGGCCAUCUCUCGCCCGUGCUCAAGCCAGGCGGCCACGGGGUCAUCUGGAAGCUAGCAGCGGACGAGGGCGUGUUUGAGUGGCUGCGCUCCAAGGGUCGCAAGGCCGCAGUGAUCAGGCAAAUCAGCAACCCAUUGGCAGCAACAGACAUGACUCUCCUCGCGCUCUCUGGCGUUGGCCUGCACGGCAACAAGAAAUUCGGCUUUGCGUCGUGUGAUCGCAACGUGGGCACAUCAGAGGGUGUAAACGUGCUGGCAGAGCAGCAGCAAGCGGACGGGUCGUGGGCGUACGGGCCGACAUGCAUCGAGAAUGUGGGCACAGCAGAGGGUGUGAACGUGCUGGCAGAGCAGCAGCGGGCGGACGGGUCAUGGGCGUACGGGCUGACAUGCAUCGAGAAUGUGGGCACAGCAGAGGGUGUGAACGUGCUGGCAGAGCAGCAGCGGGCGGACGGGUCAUGGGCGUACGGGCUGACAUGCAUCGAGAAUGUGGGAACAGCGGAGGGUGUGAACGUGCUGGCAGAGCAGCAGCAGGCGGACGGGUCGUGGGCGUACGGGCUGACAUGCAUUGAGUAUACCGAGUUUGAGAAACUCGGCAUCAGCGACGCGCCUGUGGCUCCUGGCAGCAGCCGGUCAAAAUACCCUGCCAACACCAACGUUCUCUUUGCUGACCUGCACGCUGUUGAGAUGGCUGUGUUAGGCAAGACUGUCGUGUGGUUUCUUUCUUUUCCUGUCUCUCGCCAUCCUGUCUUCACACCAUCCGAGGAGGCCGAUUGGAAUGCACGAUGCAGAACAUCGCUGAUCUCCUCAUCACCUCUCACUCAUACCGCCUGCCUCUGGUUUGGACUACCGACCGCGUCACUCAUUCCUGACCUCUCUCUUUCCCUUCACUUCACUCUCUGGCUUUGCAGCAUUCGAGGAGGCCGAUUGGAGUGCACAAUGCAAAACAUCGCGGAUCUCCUCGUCACCUCCCUCCCGUACCGCCUGCCUCUGUUUUUGACUACCGACCGCACCAUCCGAGGAGGCCGGCAGGAAUGCACGAUGCAGAACAUCGCGGAUCUCCUCGUUACUUCUCACUCAUCCCCCUGGAUUUUUUUCCAUCCCGUUCCCUCCCUGCCCUUGCUGUGCAGCAUCCGAGGAGGCCGAUUGGAUCUGCUUUUGAGUCGACUCAAAACCACCCCCGGCAUCCAAGGAGGCCGAUUGGAGUGCACGAUGCAGAACAUCGCUGAUCUCCUCGUCACCUCCCUCCCAUACCGCCUACCUCUCGACAUGGAUACUGCCACCGCUGCUACUGCUGCUUCCUCAAUUUCUCCAACCCACAGUGGUGAAGCCACUGCUCAGGAGGGCAGGGAGGGGCGGGGUGGAGCACAGGUGCAGGGCGAACGGAGUGCAGCUGCAGUGGACAGUGGGACAGAGGGGAAUGCGGCAGAGCACAGCAAGCAUCAGCUACAGGCGGUGCUGGACACGUUUCUGGUGUUCAACGACCGCUGCAAAGUCACCUCCUCCGCCAAGCGCCGGCGCAAGCCCACAGACACGUCCCUGCAUCAGACUCCAGAUGGCUCCUUCCUUGACCUCAACCGCAACUCGCUGGAGCUCUUCUCGUCCUGUGGUGUUGCCAUGCCGCAUAUGCACAGCGAUCACAAGCGCUACGUGGACUCAUCUCCACCGUUCAUCUUCCUCUUUCACCCCGCCCUCGGCCCGCUCUGGAGCGUCAUUCGGCAAAAGGUACAGGGAGGCUCUGUGGCGCCACACUCUGAAGUGAAGCUGGAGAUAGCUGAGCUUGCGUGGUCUGACGUACAUGUAUCUGGGAGCUUGUUGAUCGAGGCCGAUGCAGUCACAGGCUCUAGGGAUUCCCACUCCAGCACCACACAGCUAGGCCAAGGCUGCGGUCGGUGCCGGUUACACAACGUGACGGUUACCAACAGGGGAGUGGACUGGGAUAACGGGGCAAACGUUUACUGGCAGGACCGGGUGCAGAGGAAGGAGGCGUUGAGAGUGGUGCUGCACGGUGAUGCAGAGUUCGAGGCGAGGGAUGUGGCGAUUGUGGGCGAUCAUGUGUUUGACGUACCAGAGGGGCACCGAAUGGUUGUGUUUGCAUCGGAAACAGGAGCCAUGCAAACAAGGCUGGAGAAGCUUCCUGGCAGGAGGCCUACCUGGGAGUGGCAGUACUCUGUGGGUGACCAUGGGUCCCUCCAGCUCACCCUGAUUGAAGCUUAG